CUGAUUUCAACAUUCUCCAUCUCCAACGCACAAAAGAAAUGGAGAUUUGGUUCGUCAUCCUCGUUUCCCUCUGCAUCUCCUCUCUUCUCACCUCCAUUUUUACCCAUUUUCGAACCUCCUCCAACCUUCCACCGGGCCCUCCUUCAAUUCCCAUCUUCACUAAUUUUCAAUGGCUCCGCAGAUCCCCUCUCCAAAUUGAAUCUCUUCUUCGCAGUUUCGUCACCAAAUAUGGCCCUGUCGUCACCCUCCCUAUUGGCAACCACCCCGUCGUCUUCAUUGCCGACCGCUCCAUUGCUCAUAAAGCUCUUUUCAAACACGGCGCUCUCUUCGCCGACCGUCCUCCGGCACCUCCCUUGAGCAAGGUCAUCUCUUCCAAUCAAUACAGCAUUAGCUCUGCAUCUUACGGUCCACUCUGGCGCCUCCUCCGUCGCAAUCUCACUUCCCAAAUCCUCCAUUCUUCUCGUAUCGUAUUCUACAGCCAAGCUCGCAGGUGGGUUUUGGAUAUUCUUCUCAGUCGCCUUCAAUCUCACUCACAAUCUAAAAUACCCGUCUUAGUCGUCGAGAAUUUUCAAUAUGCCAUGUUUUGUUUGUUGGUGUUGAUGUGUUUUGGGGAUAAGCUUGAGGAGUCCCAGAUUCGUGAAGUCGAGAAAGUAGAGCGAGAGCUUAUAUUGAGUUUUCAGCGUUUCAACAUUUUCAAUUUCUGGCCUAAAUUCACAAAGAUUUUGCUCAGAAAACGUUGGGAGGCCUUUCUCCAAAUAAGAAAAAACCAAGAGAAUGUCCUAAAUCGUUUGAUCGAAGAACGAAGGAAGGCCAAUAAAAACAGGGCCAACAAAGCUCAAAAUGAAGAAAAAGAAGAAUUUGUGGUGUCAUAUGUGGACACAUUGCUCGAUUUGGAGCUCCCCAAUGAGGACAAUAGAAAGCUUUCUAAUGAGGAAAUAGUCACCCUAUGCUCAGAGUUCCUCAACGCAGGCACGGAUACCACCUCAACAGCACUGCAAUGGAUAAUGGCGAAUAUAGUGAAAAACUCAAAAAUCCAGAACAAACUCUUGGCAGAAAUUAGAGGAGUAAUGGGAAAUGGAUCAACAGAGGAUGAGGUGAAGGAAGAGGAUUUGGAGAAACUUCCAUAUCUAAAAGCAGUGGUUUUAGAAGGAUUAAGACGACACCCACCAGGGCAUUUCGUGUUACCACAUGCAGUGAAAGAAGACACGAUAUUGGAAAACUAUGUGAUACCAAAGAAUGGGACAGUAAAUUUCAUGGUGGCGGAGAUGGGGUUGGAUCCAAAAGUGUGGGAAGAUCCAAUGGUAUUUAAGCCGGAGAGGUUCUUGAAAGGCGGUGAAGGAGAAGGAGCUGUGUUUGAUAUAACAGGAAGCAAAGAGAUAAAAAUGAUGCCGUUCGGAGCAGGAAGAAGGAUGUGUCCUGGAUUUGUUCUGGCGAUUCUCCAUUUGGAGUACUUCAUUGCAAAUUUGGUAUGGAGGUUUGAAUGGAAGGAAGUAAAGGGAGAUGAAGUUAGUUUGGGAGAGAAAAUAGAGUUCACAGUGGUGAUGGAAAAACCUUUGAAAGCUGACAUAAUUCCUAGGUGAAUUUGGCCUGCUUUGUGGUUUGUGAUUUGUUAUUUACAAGUCCAAAUUCAUAGAUUAGUUUAAUCCCAAGAGUCAAGACUAAACCUUGGCUUUGACUACUUAAUUAUGUAUUAAGCACAAAUACGAACUACCUCUACCCCAAUCAA